AUGUCUCCAGAGUUCUCUCCGAUAUCAUCCAAUGCCAGUACUGUGGCUUCAUUUGAGUUUCUGUCCCCGCUCUCCACGUCUCAACAACUUCCUCCUGGCGUGAUUGCAUUCCGCCCUGCCCCGCAUCCCGCCGAGUCUUUCACGGAAGACUACCGUCUCCAGAUCCCUCUUCACCAAAACCCCUACCUCACCAUUCUCGAAAAGACCUCCCCUGAGCAAUUCACGCGUUGUCUCCACCUCCUUCGCACAUCCCUUCCAACCGAGCUCGAUGCGGUGCGGGACAUCAUGCCAAAGCCCAACGGUUUCGUACAUACCGUGCUCGAGGCGUACAACAAUCAUCGAGGGCUCAUUCUCCGCCCAGACGAUGUCUGGACUGCGAUCCUCACCCAAUUCAGCUUCUUCGUGAGCGCAAACGCCGAGCAACUCCGUUCACAGUUCGUAGCGCAUGAGGGAAAGGAGGACCUUAUCAUCAUUGGCGAUGGAAAUCGUCACACGGCAGAUUUUGCACUCAUGGCGCGCCAGAUGUCGGAGCUAAUGCACACGCGCGUAGUGGAUCCGAUGCUGAGGGACUGGAUUAUGCCUCAAUUUUCAACGACGACAGACGUAGAUCGGGCGGUGUAUGCGAUGUCUUUGAUGGCGACGAUGAAAGAGUAUUUCCGCUACAAGUUUGUACUGUGUUGUGGGAUACCACUUGUGACGCUCCUCGGGGAGAAACAUGACUGGGAGGCCAUCCUUGAGCGACUAGAGCGGCUGAAACUAUACGGCAUUGAAUCAAUAGCGUGGUAUCACCUCCUCCACCCUAUCAUCUCGCAAUUCGUAGCAGCAUUCAACGCGCCCUCAAGCCCAGAAAACCUUGACUUCUGGUCCAAAGUCGCGCACUACGAAGGAGGCGGAAGUGGGCCAACCUACCUCUCAGGCUGGAUCACCGCAUUCUGCGUAUUCAACGAGCAAGGCGUAUGGCAGGGUCCCCCGCUAAAUGCUGAACGCAUGCGGGAAGACGCGCCAAAGAAGCUGCUUCGCCCCGCAGAUCCAAGGACAUUGAGUGCAGCUCAGUUCGCCGCGGUUUAUACCGUGCACGGGACGUGGCGCCCAUUCUUGGUGCUCGAUGGGAUGCCGUACCCAACGAUCGAUGAUGCGUGCGUACCAUGUGGGUGCGCGCAUCUCGAUGUGAAGCUGGAUGAUAAUGGGGAGUUGUUCGAUACGGUGAUCGUUGCGGGCCUGGUUGGUGCACAGAUCUGCUCGAAUGAUAAGUCGGAGCUCUUUAGGAAUGGGAUGCGGGAUAGUGUAAGGCCUGUGGUGGGAUAUUGGUAUUUCAUCACCGGGGCGGGUAAUAGACAGUUCUAUGUCCACGCGAUCAUCCUCGAUAAGCAAGUGCUUUCAACCGAUUGCCUCGUGUUCCGUAGGCCGUCUGUCUUCGCCUCCGUGUUAUCUCGUUGUAUCUGGCUAUCUACAAUCUGCGAGGCUGUGGCAGGCUCGGUCACAAGGACUAGAUCGAUCUUGCAAGAUCCCCCUGAUGACAUUCUCGUUGCAAUAUUCGAUGUACUGAACGAAGCGACCCUCAUAGCAUGCGACAAUGUAUCAGACCGCUUUCACCGUAUCAUUCAGUCCGUUCCUCAGCUUGCAUACCGCUUUGCUCUGAAAGCGGCUGGUAUGAAAGAGAAUGCUGUUCUCAAUGAAACUACCGCAUCUCAGCGUCUUGCCAUGUUUCAAAAUAACAUUUGCGCCUGGCUGGAGCCGGUGGUGGUCAAAAACGAAAACGACGGACUCUUCGGUUAUAUUCUCUGGGAGAGGCUUCCAGGCGGCCAACAUUUAUUCACAAAAGUUCUCUCUCCUCGAAAGUGGCGGCGGAAACCCUCUUGGAUAAUUAGCAAUGCUCAGGACCAUCUCGCCGUGGACGUUGCCCUAGACUUAUUAAUCCCUGUCCCCGGUCAAGAAGGAUGGGACAUAAUUGUUUAUAGAAUGGGCAUGUCCAUCCCGAGGCUGGUGUGGCGCUAA